AUGCCUGCUACAGCAGUUGUGCAGGUGACAAACCUGUCUUCUGCCGUGAGCAGUGAACAAAUGCGCACCUUGUUUGGAUUCCUGGGCCACAUCGAGGAGCUCCGUCUGUACCCACCAGAUAAUGGCCCUCUCUCCUUCUCGUCGAAAGUGUGCUAUAUAAAGUUUCGGGAACCGUCUAGUGUUGGUGUGGCGCAGCAUCUCACCAAUACCGUUUUUAUUGACAGAGCGUUGAUUGUGGUGCCCUGUGCUGAAGGGAAGAUUCCAGAAGAGGCAAAGGCCUUGUCAUUGUUGGCACCUGCAACUCCCAUUUCCAGUCUGCUUUCUGGUGGAGGACUGCUGCCAAUUCCUCCUCCUCCUCUUCAAAAUUUGAGCCCUCCAUUUGUGAAUCGGAUCUCAGCUGGACUAGAACACGUUUCAACAAUACAGUCCCAGCCACUGCUGAUGGGAAAUGUUGAUCCUACAAAAAUUGAUGAAAUAAGAAGAACUGUGUAUGUUGGCAAUUUAAACUCGCAGACCACUACUGCCGAACAGCUACUAGAGUUCUUCAAGCAGGUGGGGGACGUUAAGUUUGUCCGAAUGGCUGGAGAUGAGACUCAGCCCACCCGCUUCGCUUUUGUAGAGUUUGUAGACCACGAAUCUGUCGCCAGAGCCCUGACCUUUAAUGGAGUCAUGUUUGGAGACAGACCAUUAAAGGUAAAUCACUCCAACAAUGCUAUUGUAAAACCCCCCGAGCUGACACCACAGGCUGCGGCAAAAGAACUUGAGAAUGUUAUGAGACGGGUUCGAGAAGCCCAGUCUACCAUCGCCGCUGCUAUUGAACCAGUAGACGAUAAAAAGAGUUCCUCGCGUUGGUCCAGGAGAUCACAGCGCUCACAGUCACACACGGUUCCACGAAAGAAAAGGUCUCAUUCCAAAUACAGAUCAUCUCAGAAAGCAAUGCCCAGAGAUUCCCACAGUUCCCGGGGCAGCCACAAGAGGCGCAGUCGUUCCAGGGACCGCAAGCACAGCCGCAGUCGAUCGAGAGGUAAGAGGAGAAGAAAGGAUCAGUCACAAAGUCCUCAUCGGAAACCACCAUCUCUAAAAAGAAGUAAGAAAGAGAGGCGACGGGAACGGAGUAGAGAAAGAAAAGUGCCCUCUACGUCUAAAAGACAUCGCAAAGAGGUGGGAAUGCCGAAGAGCAAGAGGAAAUCACUAAAGGGAGACAGACGAGAGGGAAAGAGAGCGUACGUCAGCGACAGAGAAGACUCGUUCUCACCGAGUGAAGACGCGUCCUCUCCCUUCACUCAGCACAACGGCAGCUUCAGAAAACCUCAAGCAUCGACGUCUGUGUGA